GAGGAAAAAACACAAGUUGCCGGCCUAUAUUUCACCUCCCAAUCGGCUGAGUUGCCAUACCUAAACGUCUUCGCCUCCACGGUCAACUCUAAAUGCUCGUGCUGUGCCAACGUGGCAUCGUGUCAUUUUAACAUGCUGCUCUUCCGUCCUCAGUCCUCGCGGCUUAACCAUGAUAGGCCGCAGCCACGAGUUUCCGAUUUUUCAAUGACAACAGACGGCAUCAUCCGACGCCGGCUCUUCCCACCAUCCCCGAUCGCCCAUUUCUCGCGCCAACGAGUUCCAACUGAAUAUUAA